AUCACAAAGAGCUUCACCAAGAAGAUGGAGAUGGAGAUUAGAGAUACAUUGACGACAUCGUUUAAAGCCACAAUAACAGGGUCGCAGAUGAAAUUGGGCAUUGGCGAUACCUUGUCAAGGUCUGGCAAAGAUCCACCCAUGGUGGCGCCAAUCAUUAAGGGCGAUGACCAGCUCCACGGGGGUUGCACUAGAAAUGAGGUAGACUCCAGCACUAAGUGCAAUAGAUGGCUAGGCAACACCAACAGAGAAGAGGAGGGCGAUGCCUGGGCAGAGGCAGCGUUAAGCAUGAGCUGA